UUUUCAGGAAGUGCUAAAGAUGGCUGAAUUUCUAGAAGACCAGGAUACUCGACUAUGUGACAACUGCAAAAAAGAAAUUCCUGUGUCUAACUUUACCAUCCACGAGAUCCACUGUCAAAGGAACAUUGGUGUCUGUCCCGUCUGCAAGGAGCCAUUUCCCAGAUCCGACAUGGAGACUCACAUGGCUGCAGAGCACUGUCAGGUGACUUGUAAAUGUAACAAGAAGUUUGAGAAGAUGCAGUUAAAGAAGCAUGAGGAGACUGAGUGCCCUCUGCGGCUUGCUCUCUGCCAGCACUGCGAUUUGGAACUCUCUGUUCUCAAACUGAAGGAACAUGAGGAUUACUGUGGUGCCCGGACAGAGCUGUGUAGCAACUGUGGGCGCAACGUCCUUGUGAAAGAUCUGAAGACUCACCCUGAAGUUUGUGGGAGAGGGGAGGGGGAGAAGAGACAUGAGGGUGCCAUACCUCCGAAUGCGUACGAUGAGCCUUGGGGUCAAGAUGGAAUGUGGAUUGCGUCCCAGCUCCUCAGACAGAUUGAGGCAAUGGACCCACCCACAAGGCUCCCCGGAAGGCCCCUGCAAGCCUUUGAAUCAGACCUUUUCCACGCUGGGACUGCCAACCAAAGGAACGUAACAGCGCAUUUUCCAGUUCAGAAUAACCUUUUUGAAGAACAAGAAAGGCAGGAAAGGAAUAGAGGCCAGAAGCCCCCCCAGAAGGGUGGUGAAGAUGCUGCAAACUUGGACUUCAUGUUGGCCCUAAGUCUGCAGAAUGAGGGCCAGGCCUCCAGCAUGGCGGAACAGGACUUCUGGAGGGCUGUGUGUGAGGCAGACCAGUGCCACAAUGGUCUCCGUUCUCAGAGGGACAUAAAGGGUACAGCGGACGAGACCAUGUUGCCUUGUGAGUUUUGUGAGGAGCUCUACCCAGAGGAACUGCUGAUUGACCAUCAGACGAGUUGUAACCCUUCACGUGCCUUACCUCUGCUCGGUACUGGAAGCUCUCCCCCGACGCGGGUGGCGGAUCCUGAUGUCAUCUUCCAGAGCUUCCUGCAGCGGGCUACAAGUAACCCUUUGGACUCCUUGAUGGGCCUGAGUGACUCACCCCCUGUGGAAGACAGUGUCAUCAUCCCAUGUGAAUUUUGUGGGGUGCAGCUGGAAGAAGAGGUGCUAUUCCAUCAUCAGGACCAGUGUGACCAACGUCCAGCCACGGCCAACCACCACGGGAUGGGGAUUUCUCAACAGGAUUCCCAGCCUCAAGAGACCUCACCAGAGCUGCGCAGGAGGCGGGUCAGACACCAGGGAGACCUGUCUUCUGGUUACAUGGAUGAUAUCAAGCAGGAAGCCGCUAAAGGACCCACCUACCCUCUGCCCCCCAGCAGAGCCAUUAAUAAUGUGACAACCAGCUUUAACCGACUGUCAAAAUCCACAUCAGCCCCCAGACCCGGGUCCCAGCCCAGCCCUCCUCGUGUGGUGAAGCUCAGCAACUCAGACAGCCACGACAUCCAGGGGCGCAAUCGAAACAGCCUGAACGGGGCCCAGGCUGCUGGGCCUGCUGCAGUGGUGCAGCCCGGACGCAGUCUGUAUCCAGAAAGCCGGGUGCCCUCCUUCCCCCGGGGGCCUGCAGGCAGACAUGGAGCCAGAAGCGAAGGUGGCAGGAGCUCCCGAGUCACCCCUGCAGCCGCCACUUACCGCAGCAGAACUGCAAAGGCAAAGCCCCCGAAGCAGCAGGGAGCUGGGGAUGCAGCGGAGGAGGAGGAGGAAGAGGAGUAAUGGCGUCUGCAGAGGCCCCUCACCCGGGUCCCCACCUUCUAUGCAUAGCAGCACUUCAUGGGUCAGGCCCCACCUCCCUGGCCCUUCAGGCAGGGGAGGUUUUCCCGAUUUUAACUUUUUCUAGGUUACGGCCAUUUGUGUCUUUUGAGAUUGUGUUGUGAGUCCGAGGUGUGCGGGAGGGUCAGCAGGGAAGCUGUUGGGAGCCAGGUUUCAGCCUUAGCGGCCACUGCGGGCAGCAGCGACUACACAGGUUUCCGCCUCUCCACCCACCGGGCCCCGCCUUCUGAAAACCAUCCCCACUGCUUCUCGGUGCUCUGCGGCUCUGCUGGAAGGAGAGGAGGAAAUCUGUAGCCAGCACCGAAGUGAUGGUCUUCCCUGUGGGGGCGGCCGGGCGGGGGCGUCUGGGUGGCUGUCCUGUUGCUGCCCCGAGGUAGGCCUCCGGGUGUGGAGCCGCUCCGAGAGUGCUCAGGCCGCUGGCCGUCAGGAGGAGGCUCUUGGCGAGGAGCUGAGCGGGCGUGCGGGAAGCUGCUUUCUUGUCGUUGGGCAGCCCUGACCCUGCUCCUGGUAGGUGUCGCCGCCCCUUUGUCCCACCCUCCGUGGGGAGGGGAAGGGCUGCCCGUCCCCACUGGGUGGUGCUGGGCCGCAGCCUUGUGCUUCCUCUGAAAACCAAGUUGUCAGAGCUCCUUUUCCUGUUCUUUUACUAUAAUUAUUACCAACCUUGUAAUAGAAAUAAAAUUUGUACUUGGAGUUCA